AACCAAAAUCCCAUCUCUUAACCCAACAGGAUGGGGAAAAUGGGGACCUCUCUAGUUUUGAGUCUUCUAGUGGCAAUAGUCGCUUUCGCUUCGCAAACCUCGGCAAAUUACCCUUACUCCUCUCCUCCACCACCUGCCUCUCCUCCUUACCACUACAAGUCUCCGCCACCACCAUCGCCGCCAGUGCACUACGCACCACCCCAUCAUCCUCACUAUUCUCCCAGGUCACCGCCUAAGCCUCCGGUGUACUCUCCACCAAAGCAUCCUCAUUACCCACCAAAGUCACCACCAUCACCCACACCCCCGGUGAACUCGCCGCCUAAGCAUCCUCAUUAUCCACCAAAGUCACCACCAAAGCCUCCUGUGUACUCCCCUCCUAAGCACCCCUAUUACCCUCCCAAGUCACCACCUAAGCCUCCGGUCUACUUGCCGCCUAAGCAUCCCCAUUAUCCACCAAAGUCACCACCAAAGCCUCCGGUGUACUCCCCUCCUAAGCACCCCCAUUACCCUCCUAAGUCACCACCUAAGCCUCCGGUGUACUCGCCGCCUAAGCAUCCCCAUUAUCCACCAAAAUCUCCACCACCACCUUACAAGCUUCCUAGUGGUCAUUUCUUCGAGCACCCACCUCCUGCUCCUCACAGCUACUAGAUAAUGAGCUCACUUGCCUCCUGGUAACAGUGAAGAGGAAGAAGAAGAGAGACGUCCAAAAUAAAGAAAAGAGUUGUCCAAGGUUCUCAAUAAUGCAUACGUGCAAGAACAGUAAAGCUACCGAGUCUCCGCGUGUGAUGUGAAUGUUUUUAGUAGUUUUUAUUAUUAAUUAAGAGCAAGUUUCGUCAUCAGUCUUUUCAUUUCCAUGUAUUCGACAGUUGUGGUGCACUUCCUAUGUUCGAUUAUAUAUGUGUGUCCAUGUCGUUUAUUUCAGCUUUUUUCCCAA